ACCACUCAGUGUGUGCGCGAGCGUGCGGCGUGUCGCGCGUGUAUUGCGCUUGUAUUUAUUUCCUUUGUGACGUAGGAAAUGAGAGUUUGACAUCUUAGUUCACAGCUCCAUUGUGUAAAAUAUAAAAAUGAAAGUUGACAAAGAGGCAUGCCUCACACUCGAGGAAUCUAAACCGAUGAUAUCCGGCAGGGAGGACAGCCUGAAGGUGACCAUCACCCCAGCGCAGCCGAAGACCCUCACACAUCUACCCAAGAGACCGCCAGUCGAUUUGGCUUUCACAGACCUGACCUAUAGGGUCCAGGAAGGGAGAAAAAGCAAUGUUAAGACAAUACUUAAGUCGGUUUCGGGGAGGUUGCGCUCCGGCGAGCUGACGGCCAUAAUGGGCCCGUCAGGCGCCGGAAAGUCGACUCUUCUGAACAUUCUCACAGGAUACAAGACAUCAGGGAUGGAAGGCAGUAUAACAGUGAACGGUAUGGAACGUAACCUAUCCAGUUUCCGAAAGCUGUCGUGCUACAUUAUGCAAGACAACCAGCUGCACGGCAACCUCACCGUCGAAGAGGCAAUGGCGGUGGCUACGGCCUUGAAACUACCCAGUGCCACCACAAGAGAGGAUAAAGAAGAAGUGAUUCAAGAGAUAUUGGAAACUCUAGGCUUAUCGGAACAUCACAAAACGAUGACAUCAAAUCUAUCAGGCGGUCAGAAGAAGCGGCUCUCCAUAGCUCUGGAGCUGGUCAACAAUCCCCCAAUCAUGUUCUUCGACGAGCCAACAUCAGGCCUGGACAGUUCCUCCUGCUUCCAAUGUAUCUCCUUGCUGAAAACUCUCGCCAGAGGCGGAAGGACGAUCAUCUGCACCAUUCACCAGCCCUCCGCUAGAUUGUUCGAGAUGUUUGACCAUUUGUACACGUUAGCGGACGGCCAGUGCGUCUACCAAGGCAGUACAGGGAGACUGGUGGAGUGGCUGGGCAGCCUGAGCCUGCAGUGCCCGUCGUACCACAACCCGGCCUCCUUCGUCAUCGAGGUGUCGUGCGGCGAGUACGGCGACCACACCGGCAAGCUCGUGCGCGCCAUCGACAACGGCAAGCACGACAUCCGAACGGGAUUGCCUCUACCGAAAAUGGCGGAAUACAACAACAAGAAGGACAUGGAGAAUUCGCUGAAGAACGACUGGAACAAGAAUGACGCGUCGCAGGUGCAGGACAAGAUGGACGCCAACGCGGCCAACGGGGCCAACGGGGCCAACGGGGCCAACCUGCACAACGGGCUCAUUCAGUUCGCCGCCAACGAGAUAGCCAAGGGCAAGGGCGAGCCGAUGGUGGUCCAAGUGGACUCCGAGAAGCAGGACAACGCGGAGGUGGCGCUGCUGGGCGCGCCGUCCCCGCGCCGCUACGCCACGUCCGAGCUCACGCAGUUCUGGGUCGUGCUCAAGCGGACGCUGCUGUUCAGCCGCCGCGACUGGACGCUCAUGUACCUGCGGCUGUUCGCGCACAUCCUGGUGGGCUUCCUGAUCGGCGCGCUGUACUACGACAUCGGUGACGACGGCUCCAAGGUGCUCUCCAACCUCGGCUUCCUGUUCUUCAACAUGCUGUUCCUCAUGUACACCUCCAUGACCAUCACGAUCCUCAGCUUUCCUCUCGAGAUGCCGGUGUUGAUAAAGGAGCACUUCAACAGAUGGUACUCGCUGCGCUCCUACUACCUGGCCAUCACCGUCUCCGACAUACCGUUCCAGGCCAUAUUCUGCAUCAUCUACGUGGUGAUAGUGUACCUGCUGACGUCUCAGCCGCUGGAGUGGUUCCGCUUCUCCAUGUUCCUGUCGUCGUGUCUGCUGAUCGCCUUCGUCGCGCAGAGCGUGGGGCUGGUGGUGGGCGCCGCCAUGAACGUGCAGAACGGCGUGUUCCUGGCGCCCGUGAUGUCGGUGCCGUUCCUGCUGUUCAGCGGGUUCUUCGUGUCGUUCGACGCCAUCCCGGUGUACCUGCGCUGGAUCACGUACGUGUCGUACAUCCGCUACGGGUUCGAGGGCACGGCGCUGGCCACCUACGCCUACAACCGCACCAAGCUGCAGUGCCACCAGGUGUACUGUCACUUCAAAAACCCAGAGACGACGUUGGAAGAAUUGGACAUGAUAAACGCCGACUUCACGCUGGACAUAGCGGCGCUGUGCCUCAUAUUCCUCAUCCUGCGCAUAUCCGCCUUCCUGUUCCUCCGGUGGAAGCUGAGGUCCACGAGAUAGGUCCCGCGACCCAGCCGAUGUGAUAAUAGGUGGCUUUCGAAUAAGAUAAUAUAGUUAUGAUAGUGAUUCGUGUGAAGCUGAAAUUGUACGUAACGUGGGGCGGCGGGACAUGACAAAUGGCGCGCCUUCGGAGCGGAAGCUGAACGGCAACAAAAGACUUAACUCGUUUUUAUAUUUUUGUUAAUUUUAUUCGCAGAGCAAAGAUAGUUUUUUAUCGACUUUUGUGGAGUGUGAUUUUAAUUAUACAUGUGCCGUUGGGAUCGGGUGCUCCGUCCGGGUCGGUGCCGCUGCGCACACCAUAUUAUAUUUAUCGACGAUCCAAAACUUUAUAAUCUGGACUUCUACGGUAACAAAACCAAAUCUGACGCAGUUUCGUUUCGCGUUGCCGGUGUACAUGUGUUCGAAUUAUAAUUUAACGCGUGAUGACAUUUUCAAUUAUUGCUCAUUUAGUAUCUUGCCUGUGCGGUGUGCCUUAUAAUUUUUGCCUAAAUAUGUGCAAAACGAUAGUCAAAUUGAAUAUAUAAAUAAUUUAUAAGAGACGAAUUUUACACAAAACUAUAUAAAAGUGAUAUUUUAAUUAGAAAACAGUUAUACGUGUAAUUAUUGUAACGUUAAUUAGGUUUUUAUUUUGUAUAUAGAAAAGAAAAUAUAUAUAUUAAGGCUUUAUACUGUAUUUUUGGGCUCAAAAUUACUGAUAAACAAUAUUUAAAAAAAGAAAUCAAGGAUAUUGCUAGUGCGAAGAGGGUUAACUCAAUGAUAAUGUCGGAGGAGUAUAGUGUGCCUGAUCGGAGCUCGAUUCUUUGACUACCGUGUUGCAUGUGACACAGACGGAAAGACUUAACUAGGGAUCGGUUAUUGUAUUUGUAGUUAGUUAUAUAAUCGCAUAAAGAAAUUAUGGUCCAAUAAAUAUUACGGUUAGAUGGUUUUAGAGUGUAUGAAGUUUCUAUAUUUUUUAUUAAAUGGUUUUAAUAUAA